AUGGGCGUGGCGCUGACGUCGCUGUGCAUGCCGGUGCCCGAGGAGGUGUCGCUAGUCAUGGUGGGGCUUGACGCCGCCGGCAAGACCUCCAUCCUGUAUAGGCUGAAGCUGGACCAGGCGGUCACGACGAUGCCGACGAUCGGCUUCAACGUCGAGACCGUCUCCCGCGGGAACCUGAACAUGAGGAUCUGGGACGUGGGCGGCCAGUCCAAGAUACGGAGGUCAUGGCGCCACUUCUCAACGGGUGCAGUCGGCGUCAUCUUCGUCGUAGACAGCAGCGACCACGAGCGAAUGGAGGAGGCCCGUGAGGAACUGCACAACCUCCUGAGGGAGGAGCAGAUGCAGGAGGCGACCGUGCUGGUCUACGCGAACAAGCAAGACGUACCACAGGCUCUGGUGGCCUCUGAGGUGGCCGACCGCCUUGGGCUGCACAGCCUGCGGAGCAAGUCUUGGUUUGUCCAGGAGGCCAGCGCAACGGGUGGAGCGGGUACGGCCGAGGGGCUCGACUGGCUCACGCGCGAGGCCGGAAUUCCGAAGGGCAUGACCGUGCACGCUUCUGCUGCGGCCUACGUUGGGAAGCCUGAGUUCCAGGCCCUGCCAGGUGAACGUUGGUGGAUUCAUGCGAGUGUAAAGAGUUGCUCCACAUGUAAGUGCUCGAAGGGUGCGUGCUUCUACGGGGACCGCGUCCAGGGCCAUCCGUUUACGUCCGUCAAGCAGUCAGCCGAUCGGCAGGCCGCCCAGGCGCGUGACGAGGGUCAGAAGCAACUUGAAGCACAGGCUCGAGAGAUCGCAAUGCUCAAGGGGGCGCUGGCAACCCAGUGCGACGGUGCCGCCAUGGAUGUGGACGGGCCCGAGCCAGACCAGGAUGAGGUUGCGCAGCUCGUCGACGGCAUCAAGAGCCUGGGGGGCUCCAAGCUUCCUGAGAUUGUGGCGGCGAGGGAUGCCCUCAAGUCCAAGCUCAAGGCUGCUCGCGCCAGGGCCUUACAGGUCAAGCCCAUCGGGGCCCAGUUGCAUGCGAUCAUCAACAAGUGUACGGCUCUGGAAAAGAAUCGACAUCGCCAGCUGGCAAAGCUUGCGAAGCUCCGUGAGCAAGCUGGCCAGCUCCAAAAGUCCAUUGACAAGGCCCAGCAAGUGGUCGACUCAAGGGUCAAGGAGCUGGUCGAAAAGGAGGCUGUUCGUCGUGCCAUGGCGUCGCAGGUCCCGCGGCCCGAGAAAGGUGUGCACUCGAUCCGCGCAGUUAUCUCGGGAUCGACAUUGAUGCGGAUGCCUUGGGGGAGAUGUUACAGUCCCUCGGUGCCGAUGCGAGCCUGUCCUGCAGCAUCCAGAGCAACUUCGCAGCCCUGCGCCAGCUUGACGCAGCUGCGGCAGCGCGGAGUUCCCGACCCGCAGGUGUCUCGAGCGAUGCUUCUGGCGGGGGAGGUGGUGCUCAUAUACCCGUUCCUGAUGAUGGUGUUCUUGCUGGGCCUGCUUUCCCUUCUGGCGACGCUGACCUGUCCGACCUCCAGGGCUGGGCCCGCACAGUAUGAGUGGAUCGAUGCGAAGAAGCCCGGCCCCGACAAGCCUACGAAGCUUGCGGCCUGGAAGGUGGUGCCUCUCCGUGGUUUCCUGGUGGACCUGGUGCAGGGUCUUACUGCGCCUGACUUCGACAUGCCGGUGCAGGCGGUCUCCGACAUCGGCCUUGACGUGCUGGCGGAGCUGUUCAUGAGGGCCUGGAUGGCCGUGCGAGAUGCGACAGCUGUGCGGGCCGCGUGGAACGACUCCCCAGGCCCGACCAGUGCCGUGCUAUUAUCGCCUCGCCGUGUCAAGUGGGAUAUGGCUGCGGCUCAUGCUAUCGUCGCAGAUGAGGGCAUGGCCAUUGACCUGCUGCAGUCGGCCCCGCAUGGCAUUACAAUCGGGUUGCGUGCUGGUAUCCAGCGGUUGCAGGCUCGCAGGUCCCAGGACCCAGUUCCCGAUGACAUCCUGGAGCGCAGGUCGGAGCUUAAGGUUCUGGAGUUCGAGGCCUCGGAGAUCACAGAGUUUCUUUGUAAUUUGUGGGCAGGCCGCAGGAUGACGAGUAACUACGAGUUGGUCCCCUGCCUCGCCCUCUCACUUGCUAUCUGGUUUCCGCUGGAGCGCAUCCGACAGGACGCCUUCCGGGCCGUGGGCAUCGCGGAGGUCAUGCAGAGGGCGGGCUGCCCCGUGCCGGCGGAGAUGCAGCGGCUCGUGGACGGCGUGCUGCAGCGCCAGCUGAGGGCGAAGGCGAACGAGCACAAGUGGGAGGGCCUGCCGAAGGUGCUCAUGGUGGCCGAGAAGCCCUCGGUGGCGAAGAUGAUUGCCGAGUGCCUCACAGGCGGCAGGGGCAUGCGGUACAGGAAGGGGCAGAGCCGAGCGCUGCAGACGUACGAGUUCGUGGCCUGGUUCGAGCCGGCACAGGAAAAGUGCAGGAUCAUCGUGACUUCGACGAUCGGUCAUAUCUUCGGCCUGGACUUCGACCAGCGCUGGGGGGACCUAGCCGAGAUGUUUCACGCGCCGGUCAAGAAAACCAUCGAGUCCCACGUGGCCAAGAAUCGGGUGGUAGAGCACAUCCAGGAGCUCGCCGGGGAGUCGGAGUACAUGGCGCUGUGGCUCGACUGCGACCGGGAGGGGGAGAACAUCUGCUUCGAGGUCUCCUCGAUCUGCGGGACCAUUUCUGCAGACAACGUGUACCGCGCGCAUUUCUCGGCCCUCACGGAGCCGGAGAUCAAGCAGGCCUUCAGGAGCCUGGGUCGGCCCGACAAGCACCUGGCGAUGGCUGUUGACGCCAGGCAGGAGCUCGACCUGAAGAUAGGCUGCAUCUUCACCCGGCUCAUGACGCGCACCUUCCUGGAUUCCGCGAAGGAAAAGUUCCGCGUCUGGGACCAGACCUGCCUCAGCUACGGCCCGUGCCAGACGCCCACGCUCUGGUUCUGCGUCGAGAGGCACAAGGAGAUCGAGAAGUUUAAGCGCCAGGAGGUCUACACGCCGUCGGCGAGCCUCACAAUCGCCGGGUUCCCAGUGGAGGUGACGUGGUCCGAGACGAGCACGACGCAGGCGGCGCGGGUGCAGCAGCUGCAGCAGCUCGCCGACGGUGCUGCCCAGGCCAUCUUCAAGGAGCUGCGCUCGGAGUGGAAGGUGGUGAAGCGGCCCGUGGGGCUCAACACCGUGCAGCUGCUGAAGGCUGGCAGCACCGGGCUGGGCCUGUCUCCGGCCCAGUGCAUGAAGGUCGCCGAGGGUCUGUACUCCGCUGGGUACAUCUCGUACCCGAGGACAGAGACCACGAAGUACUCGCCGACGUUCGACAUCCGGGCCGCGCUGAGGGAGCAGGAGGGCCACCCGAGCUGGGGCAAGACGGUGAGGUAUCUGCUCAGCCAGGGGCAUAUUCAGUCGCCCGUGUCCGGCACUGACAAGGGGGACCAUCCACCUAUCACGCCGAUGCGGGCUGCUCCUCGAGACGAGUUCAGCAAAGGCAACGAAUGGAGACUUUAUGAUUAUGUCACGCGGCAUUUCAUCGCCUCGCUCAUGGACGACGUCGAGUACGAGCACCGGACGUACAUGUUCGACAUCGGCGGUGAGGAGUUCGUCUUCUCGCACGACGCCGUCACCGAGAGGGGCUUCCUGUAUGCUACGCCAUGGAGAGCACGAGACUUGCACUUGCACGAGAUCGACUGGGAGAUGCCAGAACUCAGACAGGGACAAAGUCUGCCAGUCGAAGAGGUUUGGGUGGAGACAAGCCAGACGAAGCCACCAGACUAUCUAAAGGAGAGCGAGCUCGUGACCCUCAUGGACAAAAACGGCAUCGGCACGGACGCCUCCAUCCCCCAGCACAUGCAGAACGUGGUAGACCGCCACUACGUCAUGAUCUGCGGGCCCACGGGGGAAGACGGCGAGAAGGGCGUGGUUAUCUCCAAGGGCGGCAAGAAGGGCAAGGGCAAGGGCAAGAAGGGCAAGAAGGGCAAGGGCAAGGGCAAAGGCGACGAGCGGCCCGCGUCCAGGCACAUGGUCCCCACGCCAUUGGGCCUCAGCUUCCUGGCUGCCUUCGAGGAGCUGGACCGUGACCUGUGCAGGCCGCCAAUCCGCGCCUACAUGGAGAAGCAGUGCGCCCAGAUCGCCGACGGCGUGCUGGAGAAGGCGGAGGUCACCCAGCAGAAUUUGGACCUCUUCCACGACAAGUUCCUCAAGUUCAGGGACCGGAUAUGGAAUCUGGAGCGGUUCUUCGUGCGGAAGGAGCAGCAGUGGGACGCCAGCGGCACGGCCUGGGCCGCGCCGGCCGCCGCGAAGGGCGCCGGGGGCGGGAAGGCCAACAAGGCCUGGGGAGCUGCUCCCCAGCACGGCAAAGGUGGCGCCAAGAGCGGUGCUGGCAAGGGCGCCAGCGGCGGCAAGGCGCCCAAGCACGGCCUUUGGGGCCAAGGCGGCGGCGCGACGAAGAAGCAGAGGCUGCACUGACGGGCUGGGCUGGCGAGGCCGGAGCGCCGCGGGGGACCGUGGCCGUACGGCGGAGGCGGCCGCCGGCACGGGGCGCGACGAACGAGGAGAAGUGGGCGCUGGCGGCGGAGGAGGGCCGCGGCGGCGGCGCGGAGAGACGGCGCAGAGGUCCGCCCCGGCGGCGCCGCUCGUGGCCAUGGCCCGCGGGCGCCCGCGCGCGCAUGCCCAACCCGUGCCCGCGCCGGGUGCGCGGGCGCGCGCCCGCGCGUGCGGGGGCCGAGGGCCCCGGAGAGGCCGGGGCAGCGCGCCCCGUCGCC